GUUCAGGUUGGCGAUAUCGCAGUGAAAAACCAAACGUUUGCUGAAGCUACCAGCCAACCGGGUUCCACUUUCGUUUUUGCCAAGUUCGAUGGGAUUCUUGGAUUGGGAUAUUCCACGAUAUCUGUUCACAAGGUCCCAACGGUUUUUGAGAGCAUGGUUCAGCAGAAACUCAUCGAUAGGCCCGUGUUCUCCUUCUACCUCAACCGCGACCUUUCCUCCGAAGAAGGUGGGCAACUCAUUUUAGGAGGCUCUGACCCUGAUUACUACCAAGGAUCCUUCACUUACCUCCCCGUCUCCCGCAAGGGAUAUUGGCAGUUCAAGAUGGACAAAUCUCAUCGAUUGGAGACCUCGUUUCAUCUCGUGAACAGAGUGAAAGUGGGUGACAGCACCGUGUACUGCUCCAAAGGAUGCCAGGCCAUCGCCGACACAGGCACGUCCCUCAUCACCGGUCCUUCAAGCGAAAUCGCUGCUCUCGCUAAGAAAGUCAAUGCAAAGAGCAAGAGCGGAGACUAUGUGGUUUCUUGCUCUUCGAUCUCUGAUCUUCCUCCCAUCCACUUUGUCCUUAAUGGAAAGGAUUUUACAUUGGAGGGAAACGACUACAUCCUUCAAGUUUCAGAGCUUGGGAAAUCAACAUGCCUGUUGGGUUUUUCCUCACUCGAUGUUCCACCACCGAACGGCCCGAUGUGGAUUCUUGGCGACGUUUUCAUCGGAAAGUUCUACACGGAAUUCGACAUGGGCAACAAUCGUGUCGGAUUCGCCGCGGCUGUCUAGAGCUGCUGAUACUUUCAUGGGCAUCACCUUAUCUGCCUUCGUUCCUUGAUAUUUCAUGUUAUGUUCAAGUUCCCCAUGUCACUGAAUAAUCCAGGUGGGCCCUGCGAAAUGGGAUAAUAACCUGCGACGAUGCAAUAAGAUUGAUUGGAAACUCUUUAAGUGACUUGAAUAUAUACCUGUAUACUGAUGA